GCAGCCAUUGUCCGGUGCGCGGACGCUGACAGUCGUUCCACACCGCAGUCUUUCAAAGUUAACCCCAAGCGAUCUUGCGGAUGUUAACUAGGGGCGAGGAUCAGUCUAGUUUAACCCCAGUCUGACUUGCUGCCGAAUCGAGGCAGUGGGCAGCUCAACCGGAGUACGUUCUCCGCAGAGCCGUGCCGGGAUCCCAAGUACGGACAGGACAGGCCUGCGCUGCCGGCGCUCAGACACCCAGCUCAGCAUCUGCCCAGCCUGGAGGGAGCAUGGAGGGACAGGAUGAGAAGCCCCCACGGCCCUUGAAAGCCUACGAGCAGGACUCUUUCCUUCCUCAAGAGAUUAUCAUCAAGGUGGAGGGAGAAGAUGGUGGGCUACUGGCCACCCCAUCCAAGGAGGGAAUAAAUUUCAAAAUUGUGACUGUGGACUUCACUCAUGAGGAUCACGGGACUUGGAAUCCUGCUCUAAGGACUCCAGACAGAGGUGUGACCCUGGAGAACCACACAGACCUGAUCUCUUGCAGUAAAUGUAUCAUCCCACAUAGUGAAGACCUGACAACUGCAUUUGGAAGAAGAGACUCAACCUUAAAGCAGAGCAGUUUUGAUGAAGAAUUCUUGCAUGGAGUGAAGAUAGAAAAGUUGACAAGAGAUGAUCCUUGGCUGUCUUCAUGUGAAGACUUUCAUGGAAAAAAGGACAAGUUAGAGAAGCAACAGGAGAAACAAGAGAGAUUUUUGGAGGAAGUGACAUUCGCUCAAAGGAAAGCAGUUAUUCAUGAGAGAGUCUGUGAAAGUGAUGAACUUGAGAAGAGUGCUAUUAAUUCCAGUAUUCUUUCACUUCCCAUGAUACCCAUUAAAAACCACUUUCAUAAACAUAUUUCACAUGUUAAAAAGUUGUGUCCUGAUUCACUUGUAAACAGUCUUCAGAAGAUUAGUGAUAGUGACAGACUAUGUGAAAAGAAUGAAUGUGGAAAACUCCCUCAGGCCAUACAUCUGUUUCAGUUUACAAGAACUCAAAAAAGAGACAAAUCUUAUGAAUUUAGUGACAGUAGUAAGCCUUUUAGCCAUGCUACACCCAUAAGCACAAAUGAGAAAAUUUACUCAGGUGGUAAAACCUUUGAUUUUAAGGACUGUGGACAAGUUUUGAAUGGUGUGGUGUCCUUUAAUGAGCAACAGAGAAUUUCUCUUGAAGAGAGUCAAUAUAAAUGUAGUAAAAUAUCUCAGAAUCCAUCCAUUGCUCAAAACAUGAGAAAUCAGUCUGAAGAGAAACCCUUUGAAUGUAACCAGUGUGGGAAAUGCUUUAGCUGGAGUUCACAUCUUAUUGCUCAUCAGAGAACACAUACAGGGGAAAAACCUUAUGAAUGUAAUGAAUGUGGAAAAUCCUUCAGUCGGAGCUCACACCUUGUUUCCCACCAGAGAACUCAUACAGGAGAGAAACCGUACAGAUGUAAUCAAUGUGGGAAGUCCUUUAGCCAGAGCUACGUCCUCGUUGUGCACCAGAGAACUCACACUGGUGAGAAGCCUUAUGAAUGUAGCCAGUGUGGAAAGUCAUUCAGGCAGAGCUACAAACUUAUUGCACAUCAAAGAACUCAUACCGGAGAGAAGCCCUAUGAGUGCAGUCAGUGUGGGAAAUCAUUUAUCCAGAGUUACAAACUUAUUGCACAUCAAAGAAUUCAUACUGGAGAAAAACCUUAUGAGUGCAAUCAGUGUGGGAAAUCCUUUAGUCAAAGCUAUAAACUUGUUGCUCACCAGAGAACUCACACUGGGGAAAAGCCCUUUGAAUGUAAUCAAUGUGGAAAAUCUUUCAGCUGGAGCUCUCAGCUGGUGGCACAUCAACGAACUCACACUGGAGAGAAACCAUAUGAAUGCAAUGAAUGUGGAAAAUCUUUCAACCGCAGUUCUCACCUUGUUAUGCAUCAGAGAACUCAUACCGGAGAAAAGCCUUAUGCAUGUAAUCAGUGUGGAAAGUCCUUCAGCCAAAGUUAUGUUCUUGUUGUACAUCAGAGAACUCAUACUGGCGAAAAGCCCUAUGAAUGCAGUCAGUGUGGAAAAUCCUUUAGGCAGAGUUCAUGCCUUACUCAACACCAGAGGACUCAUACUGGAGAGAAGCCUUAUGAAUGUAAUCAGUGUGGAAAGACAUUCAGCUUGAGUGCUCGACUCAUAGUACAUCAAAGAACGCACACUGGAGAAAAACCCUUUACAUGUAAUCAGUGUGGGAAAGCUUUCAUUAAUAGCUCUAAGCUUCUUAGGCAUCAGGCAACCCACAAUGAAGAGAAACCACAUGAAUAUAGGUAGUCUAAAUCUUCAAGCCAGAAUUCCUUUUGAGUGUAAUCUUUUUAUUACACUCAAAAGGUGUGUUUAUUUUGAUGGAAUAUGUUUAGUGUGAAGUUUUGGUAAUGCAUGUAGACAAACUUAGCCUGUUUGUUACUAUGUAUUUAGAAUUUUGAAAGAAAAGGGGAAAAAUCUAUGAGCUGCAG